UGAUCUGGUGCUAUCCGCUAAGCCUGCUUCCUCCUCGUCAUUGCAACAAUUUGUCAUUGGAGGAGAAAUUGGAAGGCUUAUUGUAGCUUGCCUGGUUCAGGUGGCACUACACUAAAUCAGCAGUGAAAAUGACGAUGGGAAUGAUGGAGAACUUAAAAUCUUUAAACUUCCUUUCAGUGAAAGCCAUCCGGUCAAUUUCCAAUGCCGAUUUGGUCAACUUCCAGUUCAAAAGGAGGGUGAUGAUGUGCACUAUGGAGGUGUCAUGCACUGUGAUUGAUGGCUCCAUUCUCAUGUCAGUUUCACUAGAUCAGUUAAAGGUAUCUGAACUACUAUACAAAUCACUUGCAGCAAAGCUCCUUGUUGGAAUUCGUUCAAGGACCUAUCAACUGUUGACUCAAUCUUAUUGAGACUUGAGAGAGCUACCACCGGUGGAUAAUAGUAAUGCUGUAAGAUAUCUUAUUCUUAUGGUCAGUAGUCCCAAAAUGUCAUUGCAUUGACUGUAUCAUGCAUUUUUUAGGAAAUAAAGAUUACUGAUAAUGACUUUUUUCCAUUUCUUUUUAGUUUGUUAGCUUACUGUCGAGAUGUUCUUAGCUUUCAUCUAUAUUGGUUAUUUUCUUAAAUUCCUAAUGUUUAGCUUUGGAGGCAAAUUGAUCGAUGAAAAUGAUCAGAUCACAUGAACCCUGAGGUUAGCCUCAAGUUAGAUUCUUUUUGGUUCAUAGUUAUAAUUAUGGUAUCAUUGAGCCCUCUUUUCUUGUUCUGUUUUUUGGUAGCCCUUUCAAAUUAUUUUAGUUUUUAGGAAACAAAGUAACAAAACAAUAACUGGUUUGCAGAUUUAAAGCUGGGGAUAAGUGAAAUUGCUCGCUUCUUCCACUACUACAAGAGAGGAGUUGACUUUAUUUUUGCUGAUCACCCCAUGUUCCUUGAGAAGGUGGCCUACAUUUGUGUUUUUCUAUAUUAUUAAUAUUUAACUUUUGCUAAUAACAUAAAUCUAGGUCAAUCUCGUGAUGAUGAAUCGAGAAGAAUGAUGCUGAAAGUAGGUAAUAGUGUUGUUGUUCUGUUCUAAUCCCUUAGUUUAUACAAAUUUAGCUGCAAUUGCGGUCGUAUUGGGUGUGCUACUGGUAGAUUAAGCAUAAAGAAGAAGAAGGCAAUUGAAAGAAGAAUGAGCAGUCCAUUGAGAGUAUGAAGUGAGGAUGAUGUGUCUUUUUCCCGUGAUUAUGAUGAAGGCAAUUGGUAUGUUAUGCGAAGGUUUAAUGUGAGGACUUGAAUUCCUCACGCAUCUUCUCCACUUUCACUACGGGUGAGUCAUAUGGAGCAGCAGAUUGGCAGAUUCCUGAGUUAUAUGGUCACUUAAAUUCAAAUCAACUUAAUGAAAUGCUUCUCUUGAUGUACACUCUGACUAGUUAAUUGGUAUGGCUGGGAGAUCCUGUUUCUGAUUGGAUAAGAGCAAUAAAUUUAUCUAGCUCGUAUAUGUAUUCUAAUUGUGUGGUGUAAGUCAUCAGAUUCCGUUGAAGAGUGGCACAUUACAGGACCACUUUUGUCAAAGAAUAGAUGAAAUUAUUUCAUACCAUUAAUGUCUUGAGACUUGAGCUAUUAUGCCCUGUUAGAUUGGAUUUAUCUAGCUCGUACAUGUGCUCUAAUGCUUGUAUGUGUGAAUGCUCUUGCUGUUUUGCAGUAACUUGUGAAUCGCCAAUGCAGUUUUGGGAUCUACGAACAAUUAGACCUCUGCUUCAUGUUCCACCGUUGAUAUAAAUAAAAAUAGAAUGAAAACAAAAGUAUCGUACCUGAUGCUGAGGAAAUCAUUCACUCCCACCCCUCUCCGCCUUAAUUAAUCAUUCGACUACGGUGUCGUUUCCUCCGCUGGGGCUGAGGAAAUCUCACGUUCAAAAUGCAAAUUGGUAAACAAAGGGGCCCAUUUCACAUGUUAACAGACAGAUCCAUUCAAAUCUUAAGGAGUGGCAGCAUCUCCAACCGUUAAGCUGAUGCCACGUGCACCCAGUCCCGCACUAUAAACCCCCAAGUGAACGAUCAUACUACUACUAAACUGCUAGUACUAGUUGAAGGGUUGUGUUUAAGUUGGACACAAGUAACAGAUUCACUCCUUCCAUUAAGCUUAAUUAAAGGAAUACGUUCUGGCUAGAAUUAAAGGAAUUUCUCUUUGUAGCUAUGCGAAGCCAGUUAAGGGAAGGAAAAUCAAUUGGAUGAAGGCUGGAAUUUUGGAAUCAGACGGGGUUUUGACUGUGAGCCCAUACUAUGCCCGGGAACUUGUUUCUGGAGUAAAAAGAGGUGUGGAACUGGAUAACAUCAUUCAUAAAAUUGGCAUUACGGGUAUCAUAAAUGGUAUGGAUGUCCAGGAGUGGAAUCCUGCUACAGAUAAAUACAUUGGCAUCAAAUACAAAGCCGCAACCGUUAUGGAAGCAAAACCUUUGCUGAAGGAAGCUCUUCAAGCAGAAGUUGGGUUGCCUGUUGAUAGGAACAUUCCUUUAAUAGGUUUCAUUGGUAGAUUGGAAGAGCAGAAGGGUUCGGACAUCAUGGUUGCAGCUAUUUCACAAUUGGCCGAAUACAAUGUGCAAAUAGUAAUCCUUGGAACCGGAAAAAAAGCAUUUGAAAAACAGAUUGGACAGCUAGAGGUAAUGUACCCUGAUAAGUGUAGAGGAGUGGCCAAAUUCAAUGUCCCAUUGGCGCACAUGAUUAUAGCUGGAGCUGAUUUUAUAUUGAUCCCGAGUAGAUUUGAGCCCUGUGGUCUCGUCCAGCUGCAUGCUAUGCGUUAUGGAAGAGUACCCAUUGUUGCCUCCACUGGCGGUAUUGUUGACACUGUUAAAGAAGGUUACACGGGAUUCCAAAUGGGAGCUUUCCAUGUUGAAUGUGACAAAGUUGAUCCAGCUGAUGUAGCUGCCAUAGUUAAGACUGUCAUAAGAGCUCUCGGCACUUAUGCCACUUCUGCCUUGAAAGAAAUGAUCCUGAAUUGCAUGUCCGAAGAUCUGUCAUGGAAGGGGCCAGCAAAAUUGUGGGAGAAGAUGCUUCUAGGCCUAGAAGUUGCAGGCAGCGAACCAGGCAUUGAAGGGGAUGAGAUUGCUCCUCUUGCUAAGGAAAAUGUUGCCACUCCUUGAAGCAGCACCGAAUAGUAGAGUCUAAUAUUGACCAUAGUACAAUAGAUUAAUGCAUAUAGAUGACACCAUGUUUUUGCUUUUUCUGUUAUAUCUUCUUAUGAAGAGAUUUCACAACUAACUUUUGUGUAAUCUUGGACUUAAGGAACCAAGAAGAGAGUAUUAACGCGGGUAAGUAAAAUAAGAGUUCAUCUUUUUGUA